GGCUCACAUCUGCAAUGGUACAUCAUACCAGAUGCGGUUUCUCCAAGAUGGUUCCUCCCUCUUCUUGUCGUGCCAAGUGCCCACCUGUCACCAUUGAGGCGCUAUCUAUCCUUUUCGAUAAUCUGUCUUUCAUCGACCCUUUUGACUGCGCCGUUGGCGCCGCAGCUCUUACUGCCUUUUGGUGCUGUUGCCACUUGGGCGAACUUGUCAUACCGAGCCCUAAUCUUUUUGACCCAUUCAAGCAUGUCUCCUGAUUGGUUCUUCCUCUCUCC